GGUAACUGAUGAUAGUUCCUUCACGAGCACAUCAGCAAAAAAAAUUAAAAGGUGAUGAUAAAGAGCACGUGCCAAAAGAGGACACGCUCCAAUAUUCAAUCAUAGAUUUUGCCUUGGUGUUCUCAACUCUCUCAGCGUUUGUGCGACUUUCUAACAUUAUUAAAAAUGAAGAUGAAGAUCAAUUGUGUAAUGGUAAAGUACACUUUAAGCAAUGUUCGAAAUUUGGUCUGGGAUUUAAAAUCAUAGUAGAAUGUGAACGAUGUGAUCCGAAAUUCAUUCAUUUUGGUUAUGAGAAUACUGAGCUUAGGGCUCGCCGGAUGCAAGAAAUUCUGUGGCUUGAUGGACAUAAACAGUUUAUUUUUAUAUUGAUAAAAUACAUGAGUGUAUUGAGACAGUUCCUCAAACUCUAUUCUCAUCUGCUGCUCAAGAAGAAAAACAAUUAACAAGUCUUGAAAGCGAUUUACAAGAUACGACAGAUGUGGGUGUUGUCCGGUGACGGUACCUGGAAGAAACGUGGUUUAUCAUCACUAUAUGGUGUGAAUUUACUAAUCGGUGAAAUCUUCUUAUUGUAAGUUAAGUGAAAGCUGGAAUAAAAAAUAAGACACUGUAAAAUAUGAAGAAUGGAAAGAAGAACACAUUGAAACAAAUCAAUGCACCGCCAAUCACACUGAAGCAUCAGGAAACAUGGAAGUCUCAUCGAUUAUUGAAAUGUUUAAACGCUCGAUUGUCAAACAUGGACUUAUGUUUUGAAAUUAUAUAGGAGAUGCGGACUCAAAAAUCUACUCUGGUCUUCUCAAAACCCAACUUUAUGGUGAAGAUUUUGUUAUCAAUAAAAAAGAAUGCGUUGGGCACUUGUAAAAAGGAAUGGGGACCCAUUUGCGUGAGUUACUAAAGAAAACAACUGAGGAAAAAGUAGUAAACGGUAAAAAAACACAAAAAAAAAACUCUUUUUGGCAAAGGUAAACUGACAAGUAAACUAAUAGACAAAUUAACUGUGUGCUAUGGUUUGGCGAUAAGAAGAAACUGUGAACAGGCGGAAAAAAUUAAACACGCUAUAUGGGCUACCUAUUAUCACUAUAGCUCUACAGAUAAAAAACCUCAGCACGAUAACGGCCCUAAAGGUCCAGACCCUUGGUGCGCUUGGCAACGAGCAUCAGCUACAAAUACUCUUUCAUCAUUUAAACAUGAGUAAACUCUAUUACCAAAUGAAGUUUUGAUUGCUAUAACACCAAUAUACCUAUGAAGAUCUCAGUAAGAAUGAGCACCUAGAACGGUGUGUUGGUGGUUUCCCACAAAAUAAUAAGGAGUGCUUGAACCAGUUGAUCUAGAAAAUUACUCUAAAAACACUGCCUGAUGAUUCAAAGAUUGUUAAUAUUGCGGCAUUGGUCGCUGCUUAUACCUUCAAUGAAGGAACAUCAGCUUAAUUAUUGAUUAUGCACGGUAUGGAUUUAAAAUAAGGCCGGAACUCCCACGAAUAUGCCCGAAUUUCGGAUGAAAACCGUGUGUGCGCAACUGAAAAAAAAUCUGCGAGCGAGACUCGCGAAGCUAGAAUCCGUCAUCGACAGAAGUAAAAGGAUGCCCUGGACAUUGCAACUGCUGCAGGAUCUUUACUUUAUGGCCCAGGAAUCGACAAUUCACUAAAGGAGGGGGAUUUGUUGGUUUAUGAGAAUAACAUGAGUAGUUUGAGACCAACAAGCAUAUCAGACGCCGCGUUAUUACCACGCCUGGAUAACCUAAGCAGUAAUAGUGAACCGUCGUCGCCGAUAUCCCAGGUGGGCAUGGUACAAACCACUGUGGCCUUUGCACCGCCACCAACGAAAACCAAUUUUUCGACAAAACCAUUGCCAGUUAUAAUCAGUAGCUCUCAAUAUAAAAACAACAAUAAUAACGUAUCUCUGACGGUUAAUGGUUAUUUAAAUGGGAGCGAUAAUGCCUCGAGUGAGCCAGUAAAUGCAACAAAUAUGAAUUUUAAAAUUGGAAUGAGUAUAAUUUGUUAUCGCAUUAUAUCAGACCUCCUCAUUCUGGGAUGUGUUGGAUUACCGAUAUUGGCAUUUCAUCUUUGGGGCACCCCCUAUAAACGCGGAUUUUUCUGUGACGAUAAGUCUUUAAAAUAUCCAUUCAAAAAAAAUACUGUGGACAAUUGGAUGCUAUUUCUGAUGUGUUUCAUAAUUCCAAUAUCAAUAAUCACCACAGUCGAGUUUUUUCUUUCCCAAUACAAUAGAACCCAUGGCCUCUGUAAUAUGACCUACCAGCGUUACUUUAUUUGGCAAUUGGAAAUUGCUGACUGGAUCGUGGAGAGUUACAAAAAAAUCGGACUAUUAAUUUUCGGAUCCGGAGUGGGUCAAUUGACUAUGGAGAUUGCUAAGUAUUCAAUUGGACGUUUAAGGCCACACUUUUUUGCAGUAUGUGAACCCGUCAUGGUCGACAGUAGUACUUGCAAUGACACUGUAAAUGCUGACCGUUAUAUUGAGGAGUUCAUUUGCACUGGCGACGCCACGCCUCGUAUGAUUAAGCAAAUGAGCUUAUCUUUUCCCAGCGGUCAUGCGAGCUUCGCCUGCUUCGCUAUGGUAUACAUUACGAUUUAUUUGGAAAAACGUAUGACUUGGGAACGGUGCAAAAUGGUGAAGCACUUCAUUCAAUUUUUACUUCUUAUGUUCAGUUGGUACACGGGGUUAACGCGUAUUUCCGAUAACCAACACCAUACAACGGAUGUACUUUCUGGAUUUGCGAUUGGGGCAUUUUACGCUAUUGUCUUGACACGAACAAUGUGGUGACCACAGAUUCAAAUAUCUCCUCCGGCGAAAUCAUCGUCAUAGCCUAUGGAACGAAAACUGCUUAAUAUUUACAAAAUAAUUUAUUUAAAUGUCUCUCAAAUCAAAUAAGUAAAUACAUACUUAUAAACAUAAGUAUACAUAAAAUAAAUCCAAUAAUAAUAAUAACUA